GGGAGACUCCUUAUAUCUCACGUUACAGUAAAGACUCAGAGAACACAGAACGUCUGAAGGGUACAGAGAAGAUAUCCAACAUGUCCUCGACCAUCAGCAUCGUCCUGGCCUUUACUGCCACUUUACUUUUCACCGCAGUUGCUGAUGACUGCGACAGUUACUACACUGCGGCUGGUAUUUACAAGAAAUCCCAGGAUUGUAAACCUUGGCAGUUCUGCUGUGGUACCUGUGAUAAUCGCUAUUGCUGCCCAGAUCCCUUCAGCAAACUUACUCUGGACUGCGAUUUUAUGGAGUACAGCAACACCAUUCCCCUUGCUGCUGGUAUAGCGAGUAUGAUCAUCUUCAUCAUACUCAUCAUCGCCUGCUGUGUUUGCCCCUGCUGUUGCUUGUACCAAAUGUGCAGAAAACCCAGACCGGUGAUGGCAACAACCACAACCACAAUAGUAAAUACACAGUAUCCUCAGCAGCAGCCUCCAAACCCUGCUACUCAGUAUCCAGCCUACCAGCCAGUUCCUGCACAGCCUGGCUACAGCGCCCAGCCCGGCUACGGAGGACAGGCCAUGCCUGCUGCCCCGUAUCAGGGUCAGCCUUAUGUCCCAGGACCUCCUCCUCCAUACCAGGAGAGCGGAGGAUAUCCCGCACCAUACAGCCAGGCUGCCUUUGAUGGUUCUCAUGCUCCGUACCCUCUCAAUCCCCUCGGGCAGCCCAGCUUCCCUCACCCACCUCCAACAACCGACUACAAUGCAGCUCAGCCUCCAUUUAACCCAGCCUACUUGGAGCAGCCCAAAACUGGAUACUAAACCACAGCUGUCUGACAUCGCACAGCCUCGGCUGGAUUACAAACGCCUACACUUCCACUUUGGCUGACGCCAGUCCUAUAUGUGCUAUAUUUAAAAUGGAAAGCCUCAAGUACAUGGCUUAAUUUCUCAUGUGAUCAAAUCGUUAUUCUCAAACAGACUAUGGCUUAAAGAUUCCUUAACCUCAAUAUACACAGCAUACCAAAGCUUUCCAUGGAUAAUUUAGCACAUAUAGAACCUAUAAAAUGACUUCAAGCCAUACUCUGUGCUUUCGUUGGUUGUCGGUGAGGAGAAAAUUGAACGUCGUCCGUAUGAGCGUGAAAGAACCAAAAACAGGUCUGAGCUUGAUAUCCAGGGGACGUACAGGCAGUGAUAAUGUGCUCUGAGCCCUUUUGACCUCAAACUUGGCUGAUGUAAUACGUAGGAGGAAACUUUAUUUUUUUUUUUAAAAUCUUUUGAAAAUGCCUUACUUAUGGUAAGUGUGGGUAGAGUGGGAUAAGUGUUGCAAAAAAUGUGAAAAAGAAAAAAAAUAAGGUGAGGUAAUAGUAUAGAAGUGUAACAUGGAACAUAAAGUGAGAUGUAAUUACACUGAUUUACAAUUCGCAUUCAUAACCCCAAAGGUUUAAUUCUCCGUGACACCCGGAUAUUUUGGUGAACUUGUACACACAUGUAUAAAGCUAGGUCUGUUAUUCAUUUUCCUUUCAGUGUUCAUUUGUUUAGAUUUAUUUGUAUAACCAAGGAUCAAGAAUAUGCCUUAUUUUUCAUGUUAUGCAGUCAUAAUGGAGAUAAAUAUGUUAACCAGCAGGUUUGACUUAAAGGGUCAUAUCCAAUGUCAAUUUGAAAAAGGUUGUUUACUGUUUGUUCGUUCUUUCAUAUAUUUUUAAAUGUUUUUCAUGGCAUCUUUUUCAUGGCAACAAAUGACGUACAAUUUAGGAACAGACUUUUGUGGGUGGUAAUGUGUUUUCAUUUCACUCAGCCCGAUUAUUUAUCAAGGCACGCAGCUCAGGUCACAGCUUAUCAGGAAAGAAGCUUACAGUUGCACAAAAAGCUUGUUGCAAGUUGUGUAAACAGGAAAGAGCUGUACAACUUUGAUUUUUAAUUUGUUGACAUCGUAUUUAAAGCCCCAGAUAGAAUUGCCUGUUUUUUCAGCUAUUGUUUCUUUUCUCUCCAUUAUGUUUUUGUUGUAUUGCUGAUGUUUGGCUUUAGCUAAAUGUAAAAUAUUUCUAUUCAGAGCAUUGCCAAAUUUCCAAAAACAAAUUAAACAUUUAUGUGCUUGAA